GACAGUUAAACAAAUAUUGAUUUCUAGUUUCAUUAAGUGAACAAAUUCGAACAAGCUAGCAUCUUGAGAAUAACUAUGCAUUUUAUAUGGCUGCUUUUCCUAAUAAAUGGAAAUUGGAUCCUUCCUUGGCAUAUGCCCAAUCCUUAUGCACGGGAUACAUUUGCCUGUGAUAUGUUUCAGUCGUUGUUGCGUUAUGAGCAGAAUACAUAUCAGCCGAUUUACCAAUUAGUAAUCAUCUCACCGGCAUCGAUUCAAAAAUUGUUUGCCGUCUUCUAUAACUUCAGCGAACUUGAGCAAAUACGUCCAUUGGCCAGAGAUUUGAGGCUGCUAGACAACAAAGCAUUUUUGUCUCACAAGAAUCGCAGGUGGGGCCAGCUAUUCUUACCCUUUUUUAUUCAGCAAGAUCAUGUAAUGGAGUUAUUUGCCAAUGAUUUUGAGGAGCUGGGGGAUAAUAUAUCGGUGCAGAAUUUUUUCGUUUUCGACGGUGACUUUGAAUUGGCCAAAGGAUUUGAGGAAAGUGUUUGGAACUAUUUCAACAUUGUAGUUUUGUCCAAACAUCAGCCUCUGGUCUCUGGUCUUUUGCAAGAAUUUCGUCUACAGUCUAAUGGCCUGGAGAUCUACACAUUAAUCAAUUUUCAUGCGAAUCUGGGUAAUGAGUUUCUAUCGAUUGAUCGUUUUCAUUAUGGUAGAGGAUAUUUUCGCUUUUCUGAAUAUUUAAUAUUGGGCUCGAGUCUAGCCGAUCGCACAAACUGCAAAAUUCUUGAACUACCGCUCAAUACUGCCAGUACCCAAGGAUUGAGCCUCAUGUUGGUGAUGCCACCUAAACAUAUGAAACUGCUGGAGCUGGAAGAGAAAUUCUUAUCGUUUACUUCUCGCAACUUUUGGCGUUUGCCUUAUCAAAUGCGUUACACACAAGUUUCAGUGCGUUUGCCCAACGUGAGGUUUACAUCGAAGCUUAAUGUGGGAAUUCUUGUGAAUGAGAUGUCAACGAUGCAUUUGCAUAAGCUCUUCAAAAUGGAAACGCAAUUUAAUGGAAUGUUUGAUAGCGCCUUCAAUAGACGCAUUAAAGUGAAACAUUUUGUGCAGUCGAUCAACAUGCAACUCCUUGCUCCCGGUAUAGCUCAACGGAAAGAACCCAUCAAUUCGCACAACUUUUUCAAUGUGAGCCAAACGUUCGAUUGUGGUGAGGGACCUUUCCUAUUUCUAGUUAGAUCGAGGGAUGUCAUCUACUUCAUCGGACACUAUAGACGCAUCCCCAAGGCUUUUAGGGCCGGUACUCAGUUUGGACAAUUCUAACAACAUGUGCUGCCUGUACCAACGAUCGAUGGAUUGAUGGUUACUUUCAUUAGGCCCCAUCCAAGGCCCUCACGCUUGACAAUGACGUAUCUUACAAAGCAUGUGAAAAAUUGCAGACAUCCACAACACAAAAACAAAACAAAAUGAAAAAAAAAAAAAAAAACAGA